AUGGCGGUCACCGUCCUGCCGGGUAGCUCUCUUACAGAGUCCGUGAAACAGGCCCUUCGAUCAACGACAACAUGCUCAGAUGCUACCGUGUUGUCCCUCCAAACACUCCUCCGCGGACCGCCUAAGAUGCCCGAGAAACCCGCGAAACGCACAAAAUCCACCAGAGAGCCGCCCGCGGCCUCGACUACUCGGACGAGAACCUCCCGCGCUACGAAGACGAAAAGUAGUGAUGCUGCGUUACAAUCUUUGGUCGAGAAUGACGCGGCGGUGUUGUCGUGUCAGGAGAAAAUGGUCUUCGCUACAGAAGUGUUCAAUGCUACACUUAAGACAUUGACGGAUGCUGCGAAGACACAUACGGCUAAGAGGCAGAACAAUUCCGAGAAUGGUGGUAAACUCGAUGCGGGCAUCACCUCCGCCGCGGAAUGUGCCAGGCUUUCUUUGUCAACGCUGCGCAGUCUCAAGAGUGACAGUGGGAGCGACCAAUUCCCGAAUAUGCAGCUUGAGCAGGGUCUAUGUGUUCUUGCAGGGAAGCUCUUAUCUCUGGGAUUGAAUGACAUGGCAUACAAAGAGCUCCGACUUUUGAAGCGGAGGAUCCAACAACAUCUGGACGGUGGGAAGAGUGGGAAGAACAGCCCGGAAGUGAAAGAUACGACAGACGAGGAGGUGGCGAAAGAACGGAUGUCAGAUCUUUUGACGUUCACCCACAUCUCGAAUGCGAAGUCUUUGUACGGACUGCUCGUUCCAUUUCAAUCGAACGUGAUGAGACUGUUUGCUGCAGAUAGAAGACCCUCUACAAUCCAGAAGGUUUGCUCUUGUUUGCAACUCUCUGAUAAGAGUAGCCCUGCUCAGGUCAUUUUGGCUGCAUUGAAAGCAGGUCAACUAUCAAAUGACAAAGCUGCUCUUCAACUGCAGCUUCUUUCGAAUACAAUUCUGUCGCUUUGCUCGGGGACGUCGUUCUCAAAGGAUGAGGCAUCGAAUAGCUUGAAGCCCAUCACAUCAUUGUCUCUGCAACUACUUUGCCUCGAGGUUCGAUGUUUGGGCUGGAAGCUGUCCGGUCAUGUCUGUGACGAGAGCAAGGAAGUUUUGGAUCCUUUGUUGCGCUACUUUGGUAGCUUCUCUCAUCGAAGCAAGGGAAUCGAGAAAGCCGAGUUUGCUUCAAUCUACAAAACGGUUACCCGGCUGCAGACGUCUAUUUCAGAGAUCAAGAAGAAUUCACCAGAAACGCAAAUUGCCAACCAGGCUGCCAAGCUCAUGACUAUUCUUGGCCAGCUCGCGUUCGAUGCGGGCUGCUUUGAUGAGUCUUUAAAACUGCUCACAGAAGCCAUCAAUCCUCUUUCAAAGACACAGAGUCUUUCACUGGCCACGGUUCGAUGCAAAAUUGCAUCUGUACAUUUCCAAGCUCUAAAAACCUCCAAGGAAUCUUUGAAAGGGACGUUGGACGCUGUGUCAGAGGCAAGUGGAUCAUUAGGGUUGCAAUUAAGAGGGAGCGCCAACGACCUGGACGAACUGCUUGUGGAAGCAGCAAGACUGAAGAAGACUGCACUUGCUUGGUUUGGAGUCGCUAUCACGAAAAGCUUCGAGAGCGAAGACGAGAAAAACGAAGUUGCGAGCCAGAUCAGGGAAUAUCUACAGGCUUUUCUCCGGUUCCUCAGGCGCUAUGUUGGGCGCCAGCCCACCGACGAGAGUGACGAAAAGGAGAUUCAAAUGUUCAACAAACGCAUUGAAAUCUCCAGAAGUAUCAUACUUGCUGCAAUUGAUUCCGCUGUGGCCGUGGGGAAACUCUCUGUCAUGUCCCAGAGGCCACCCUGGGAAGACAUGCUCCCCAUUCUGGGCGAUUGCCAUCGCCUGCUCUCAACCAUCGAAUCCCCUGAUGGGCAAAGUGCAGAGAUAACGGAGAACUUAGGAUUGGCACUUGUCAAGCUUUCAAAUCUGUUCUGGUCUCGAUACCUCAAAGAGAAAGAAGCCGGACAAGGUUAUCGUGAGCUAUUGCCACUUCUCAAACAGUCCACACAGCUGCUUUCAAGUUGCUCGCCCUCUCAACGCGACACGGCAUUUGCAGCUCUCAAAUACGAAAGAAUGGCACAUUUGUAUCUCGAUGGCCAUAUGUACACCGAGUCAGAGAAGAUGUUCCGACUAUCGAUUGAAGAGUACAUCCUGUCUGGUACCCUGGAGCAAAUCGCCAAGAGCAGCGCAGCGCACAGUCCGAGUUCGGUCAGUCAAGAUCCCAAGAGUCCUGGCUUCAUGCUAGGCCGCGUCCUCUCUGCACUUCUCAGGAUGAAAUUGCGGAGGAAGGGCUCGCAUUCUUCUACCGUUUACGAUGACACCGAACUGGAAUUCGAACAGAGAGGUCUCCUUCUCGAGUGGCAGAUGAGCUUGCUUAUCGACAUGCACAGCCAGUCCUCGAACGAAGAAGAGUUCCGCUCGAUGCUAGGCUCGGCUGUUUCCUCACUACUCGACCUCUGCCCUCCCGAGGCCCACCCUAUUCGCCAUUCUCGUGUAGUUCUGUCUGCCUUGCGGCUUCUGCUGGAACACCCUACCGCUUUGGAUUCAUCAUUGGUUCAUACCCUGCUGGAUGCAGGAGCAGCGGCCUUGGACGGGGGUCUACAAGUUGGAGAUGACCUCGAUCUUGCCUCAUUCGCAAUUCACAUCAGCAACUCAUUGCGGAUUAUCAUCGGCUUCCACCGCGGUAAGAUUGGGCCGAGUGAGCUUGAUGAUACGCUUGCAUCCUGGACUUCAUUAGCCCGCCAGUGCCAUGAAUGGAAAACAUUACUGCUCUGCGUCGAUGACACGGACUACUGGGUCUUGCAGUUGAAGGCGCUUGUUGAUUACACUGAGAUCCACGGGCUCUGGAAGGCCCAGCUCUGCACCCUUGAACUGAUUUUGCGUGCCGCUGAGUUGCAGCAAUCAGGGGAUUUGUCCGAUGCCAUCAUCAUUCUCUCGCGCUUGGUACUUCAGAACUGCCGUCUGGGGUAUUGCCAAAAGGCAGGUGAACUUCUCUCACGGGGCGAGCAGUAUCUUGCUCAAGCCAAGGUGUCCCCUCUUGCUACCAUCUCCUACAAAGUCGCACGGGUGGAAUACCUUUUGGAGACUGGAGAGCCCGACAAAGCGGCCGCGGUUCUUUCGGCAGCUCGUGCACUAUAUGAAAAGAGCCAAAAGUCGGAAUUGAACAACCUGUCGGUUCUGUCGAAGAUCUCGUGGGAGAGACUGGUAGCAGAUGCUGCCUUUGUACAGUCUCGCUUGUUCUCUGCACAAGGCUCCGCUACCCAGGCUCUCUACUUUGCGAAAUUGUCUGUGAGGUUGAACUGCCGCAUCUGGGCCAAGGUCGAGCGACUCGCUCAGAAAAAGCAAGACAAGUCGUUGCCUGCUGCUGGAAGCUCCGAUGUUGAGGCUGUCGCUGAUGGUAUGGCCAAGCUUGAUCUGUCUCAGAACGGGUCAACCCCUGAUGUAUCUGCCAGCUAUAUCCAAGGUGCGCCGUUCUGGCCGCAUCUGGGCUCUCAUCACACUUGCUUGUUGAACCUUGCCACACUAUCUGCCCACCAUGGCUUGUUCCAGGAUGCUGUCUACUACGCCGAACAAGCGCUGAAGAUCGACAAGACCCUCGAUGCCAAUGCCCGGUUACUUGCGGCACAGACACAGCUCGGUUGUCAUUGGAUCAUCAGUGGCCACCUCGAAGAGGGACAGGACCAGCUCUCUGCAGCGGCCGAGUCGUCUAGACAAUCCCAGAGUAGCAUUGAAACCGUCUCUUUCCAAAUGGCGCUUGCAUCUCUGUACAAGAUUCAAGGCGCACAUGACAAGGCACUCCGCGUUCUCACCGAAGCUGACAAGCUCAUCACUGCGGUUACCUCUGCUGAAUCACCUGCCGCCCUUGAGACGUCGGGUAUGGCCGAAAUUGAAGAUAAAAUGGGCAAACUACGUGUCCGAUCAAGCAGCCGGCGAACACCAACACCUACCACAUCUACUACAACUCGGCGGACUCGCGCAACUAGUGCUGCCUCCACCAAGACCACGGUCUCCACCAAAACCACGAAGACCGCGGCCCCAAAGGCCACUCUCCCCGAAGUUCAAUCUAAAUCCCUAUCCCAGCUCAAAGGCAACAUUCUCCGACAACAAGCCGAUUGUCUGCGUGAGCUCCGUGACUUCGAGCGAUCUGCACAAACGCUUGCAGAAGCCCGUAAAUUCGCCGUAGCCCGAGAAAGCAAGAUUGCUAUGGAGAUCGGUGAAAGCGAGCAUUUGCUGGGUGAUGCGAUCCGCCGUUUCGCAAGCCAUGCCGUGUAUUGCGUUUUACCUGAAUCUACGAUCUCUCUACCAUCGCUCAAAUCACCGAGCAAGACGGCAGAGCCCGUUACUCCCGCAAAACCGACAAGGAGAACCAGAGCCCCAGCCAAAGCUCCGCGCACCAAGGCUCAAAAAGCCAACGAAGACUUUUCGAUCAUGCUGUCCAAGGCGAGCGAUUCUCUUGCCAGUGUGUUCUCUGACGCUACGAUUCUAGGCUCAACGCUUGAUAGCCAUGCAGCAUCUCGGUUGAUGAGCCGGAUAACUAUGCUGUCCCAUGCGACUUCUCCCGGAAUCCCGGCGACGCUGGCGCAGUCGCCUGCAAAUAUGAACGUAGAAAUCGGCCGUGUUGGCGCAUUUGCUCGGGAACGGAUCGCCAUUGAUAUCGACCGGAAGCUAGCUGAGUUUGCUGACCCUCUUCUCUGGCCCACGUCUUUCCCCUCGGCAGUCGAACUGGAUGGUGAUCUCUGUUCCAAUUUCACAGCGGACUACGUGGACAUUCUACCCGAAAGCUGGAAUGUGCUUUCUUUGUCACUGAGUGCCGACCAGACUGAAUUCGUCGUUUCACGACUACAGAAAGACCGCUCACCAUUCCUUUUGCGUCUGCCGCUUCACCGAGGAAACUCGGAAGAUGACGAGGAAGAGCAGUUCACUUUCGAAGAUGGCAAAGAGGAGAUGCGAACGCUCAUCAAGCUAGCCAACGAGAGUGCACAUGCGGCCAAGCUUCAAACGGACAAGCGGUCGAAGAAGGAAUGGUGGAACACGCGUGAGGCGCUGGAUCGUCGGAUGGAAAGUGUACUGCAGAAUAUCGAAAACAUCUGGUUUGGGGGAUUCCGCGGUGUCUUCUCGCCACUGUCGCGGGAUACCACGGCUCUGGCCCGGUUCGCGAGUACAUUCCAAGGCAUUCUCGACAAACAUCUCCCAUCUCGACAGAAGGGCGGCAAAGCAGACGGGCCCCGACUCACCUUGCACCAAAACGUGGUAGACUUAUUCAUCGGACUCCGCGAUCUCGAAGCCCAAGAAGAGCCCGAAGACACCCUGAUGGACCUGCUCUACUUCGUCGUCGACAUCCUCCAAUUCCAAGGCGAACGCAAUGCCUACGACGAAAUCGACUUCGACAUGAUGGUCGUCGACACCCUCGACGCCCUACGCUGCUACCACGAAUCCGCCCGCGACGAGCUUGCAUCCCGCCCACCAAAACACACCAUCCUCGUCCUUGACAAAGCCCUCCACCUUUUUCCCUGGGAAUCCCUCCCCUGUCUGCAAGGCUACCCCGUCUGUCGCGUUCCCUCCCUAGAAUGUCUCCGCGAUCGUAUCCUCCACUUCACCUCCCCCUCCGGCGCCACCGUCAACCGUACCUCCGGCUCCUACAUCCUCAACCCAACCGGCGAUCUCCGCACAACCCAAACAACCUUUGAAAAAGACCUCUCGCGCUUCACUUCCUGGACCGCAGUCGUCCAGCGCGAACCAACCGAAGACGAAUUCCGCGACUCCCUCGAGAAUAAGUCUUUAUUCCUUUACUUCGGCCACGGCAGCGGCGCUCAGUAUAUCCGCGGCCGCACGGUCAAACGCCUUACAAAAUGCGCCGUUGCAUUCCUUAUGGGUUGUAGUAGUGGCACGCUCACCGAGGCGGGAGAGUAUGAGCCGUACGGCACGCCGAUGAAUUAUUUGCAUGCUGGCAGUCCGGCGCUCGUUGCUACACUUUGGGAUGUUACGGAUCGCGAUAUUGAUCGGUUCACGACUACGGCUUUUGAUGAGUGGGGGCUUGUGAGGAAGGAGGGGAGGGAGAGGAGGGUGGGUGUUGGGCUUGAUGUUGCUAUUGCGCGUUCGAGGAAGGCUUGUGUGUUGAAGUAUUUGAAUGGGGCUGCGCCGGUUAUUUAUGGGGUUCCGGUUUUCUUGGAUUGA